ACUAAAAAUGCUUCAAGGAACCCGUUCCGAAAGCUUCUGAGUUGUGAGUCCCUUCCAGAAUGAAGAGUUCCGAAACCUUUGAGCCCUUCUCUUGAGAAAAAACCAAGAUCCAACGGUCAUCUAUCUUGCGAACAUCAACCGGGGCCACAUCGAAGAGACAUACAAUCGAAGAGACAAAGAAAACACUAGUACAGUACCAGUAGUACUCAGCAAACAAUAGACAACAUGGCGGAACCAGAGCAGCCACCGUCACCCGAGCAGCCACCGUCACCCGAGCAGCCACUACCAUCCGGUGGUAGCGCUAUUAGCAAAGGAAAAGAAGAAGAGGAGGAGAAAAUGGUGAUUGUGAUCUGCGCAGUGACGGGAUUUCAAGGCGAAGCGAUUGUGGAUCGUCUGGUUCAAUCUAGUACUACUACUAGUGCUACUACUAGUACUAGUAGUAAGAAAAUGGAAAUUCGAGGUCUGACACGAGAUGGCAACGGCCCGAAAGCGCAAGCCCUGAUUGCGCAACAUCCGGAAGACAUCUUUACGUUGAUUCAAGUGGAUUACAGUAGUCGCAAAUCGUUGCGUCGUGCGUUUCAAGGUGCUCACAGUUUGUAUUUGAAUUGUCCCAUGGCCAUGACGGGACACGACCCACAAGGGUACCAACGGUUGAUUGAUUGUGCCAUUCAAGCCGGCAUUCGUCACAUUGUCUAUUCGAGUCUCUUGCAAUUGCCACACUCGUCGGAACAAAAUAAUGAAGACUCGAUUCCACCUCAUUGGACAAGUGCGCGACACACCGAAGGCUAUUUGGCCAUUCGACAAGACGAAACCAAAUUGGCAUUUGACUAUCACGUCCUCCGAUUGGCCCCCCAUUUCAAUGAUACGCUACAACUCAAAUACGACAACAAUGCCAACACAAGUGCCAGUGACAAUAACGGCGUGACGUGGAUUGCCUAUCCGUGGCCACCGAGUAUUCGAACGCCCACUGUGUCCGCCAAGGAUGUGGCACGCAUUGCCGUGGCACUAUUGCUCCAACCCGAUCGUCUUCCCAAUGGUGCCGUCGUUCCAGUCGCCACCGAUUAUGCCAAUCCCCAUGAAAUGGCACAAUACAUGACACUCGCCAUUGCUAAUGCUAACGACACCAACAAAGACACCAGUAUUAUUCAAGCCCAUCAACCAAUCCUCCUCAAACCACACGCCAUGCUGUCGUACGAACAACAAUGCCUCGUCGCCAUGGGAGAUUACCUCGCACAACAACAAUCCCAGUUUGGGAUUGUCAAGGAUGAUUGGGGUAAAAAACAAACCAAACACAAGUACAAACUACAGGAUAUUCUAUUGCAACAGCAAUCGCAAGACAGCGAGGAACCGCUGGAAACCGUACAGGCAUUUGUCCAACGUGUCUUUGGUGCCGGUCAAACCAAGUAGUACAUAAUGCGGGCGAUCGCAACGACGACGACCGCUGCCUUUGGAAAAAUGAUUUUGGUAUCUUUUAAUUAAAUAAGAAGGCAUCUGGCUGGAGCUUGCUCGGGUUCCGAAAACCACAAUUCGCUCGAUUUCAAACACCAUAUUACUGUACGGUACGGUAGCACUUGGCUUUUCCCCUUCUACAUAGGUAGGUAGAAUUAUUGACCAUUCCUUUGGCGUCAUCUACUACGGUAGGGAGGCGGUUGACCGAUCGUUCCUACAGCGCCACCAGUACAGUACAUCCUAGUUAGGCUUUUAAAAUUAUUCAAACCAAUAGCUGCAAAUAAUAUACAAUAUCGUAACAUUAUCCUUUGAUAUAUCAC